AUGGCCACACCGUUCUCGUCGCUCUCCCAGCCGCUGCUCCUUGCCGACCCCAUUCUCGAGACUCACUCUCCACAGCCUACGGUUCUUGUCGAUGACUCGGCAACCAUCGCCGGCUCUGUCUCGACCACAAUCUCGCAUCCGGCCACAACCUCCAUCACCGACACCUUUGCCGGCCUCACCCAGUUCUCCUUUCCUUCCUUCCACCUCCUCCCGGACCCGUCCUCGCCACCAUCGUCUCGCCCUCCCUCGCGCCUCGAUCUCGACUCGGACGACGACGCCAUUGAGUCCAUCUCCUCCUCGCCCUCCUCGCCCGCCGAUCCGCCUUUAUCGUCACCGUGCACUGAGCUCCACCCCGACCAUCCCCUCACUCCGCUCGCCGCCCUCGCGUCUCCGGCGGCUCCCCUUGCGUCCACUGUCAACGUACGCGGGGUUGUCGUCGCCGUCUCGGGCGUCAUCGAGACCACCACCCGCCGCGCCACCGUCCAUCGUGCCACCGUCUCGCUCGUCGACGCCUCCACGGCCUUACGCCCCACCCGCGUCACUCUCUGGGGCCGUGCGGCCUCCUGGGUCUACAUCCUCCCGCGCGGCGCCGCAGCCCGCUUCAAGGCCCUCGUCGUCGGCGAGUGGCGCGGCGUGCCCACCCUCGCCACACGCGCUCCAUCCUCGGCCGUCACCGUUCUCCCGCUCGCCAUUCAUGCCACAGCCCCGUGGAUGGCCGACCUUCACUGGCUCUCGCGCCCGUUCCUUGCGACCCCGCUCCUCGCCCACCUCCAGCUCGACACCCUCGUCCACCUCGACGCCAUCCGCUCAUCGACGGCUCGGUGA